AUGAAUGCACACCCGAAUUGGGGUUAUUAUCCCAAUGCGAAUGUAAAUAGCUACCCGAAUGUAAAUAGCUACCCGAAUGCAAACAGCUACGCAAGUUACCAGCUACCCAUCCCUUUUAACGCCACAGGUCAGAGCAGUGGGUGCUAUGCGUACAGCAAUAAUGGGUAUUAUGGUGGAUAUCCAAAUGGCGUAAAUUUUUAUUUCGGCUCUGGGUACCCUGCUCAGUAUGUACAUGCAGUCGGGAGCAAAAGUUGCAUAGACAGGCAAGGUAAGAAAGAAGAAGCCAUUCCAACAGAUGAUGGGCAGCAACAUGAGAAGAGCGAAAAUUGCAGUAAGGACAACCUUCCCCUUCGUGGUGAAGACAAAACGGAUCCAAAUUCUUCAAAAUUGAGUAGUAACAUACCUAACGUUUCGAGCAAUGAAAAAGAGUUACCCCCCGAGGGAGAUCCUGCUUUAGCCAUUGCUGGAACGAAGGAUGUUAACGCUUCCAGGAAUGCCCAUGGGGAUUGCCCUGCGGUUUCUGUUAACCCUAACCAAGAUGAAGGGGAGAAAAAUUCCGCCCAUGAUGGUGCGGGAAGCCACUUCAGUGAUGCCCAGAUUGAUUGCAAAGCAGAAAACGAAAAAGGUGGCACAGCACCACCACCUCCACCGAGUGUUCCCGCGAGUGACUACCCGAAGAAUCACACGCACAACCCUUUUAUCGCUCCCACUUAUGGUAGCAACUACUACUACAAUUACGCGCACAUGUAUGGCAAUUUUAAUACGGGUCAAAUGAAUGGAGGCCAAUGUUUCAUCCCCAUGAAUAACAACAUGGCGAUGUGGGGCGUUCCUAAUUUAAGGGGGGGACACGGGUAUGUUGCCCCUUCAAGGAACUACGGAGAUAGGGGAAAGAGACAUAGCAACCCUAAUAGGGCUAGGGGAGGGAAUCCUGCAUCAAAGAAGGCUCGAAUGGGGGCAAGCGGGGCAAACUAUGGAUUCCCGGUGAGUCAGCCAGAUGAGUAUGAUCAGAGUGGACGUAGGGGGAAUGCCCACGUAAGUGGUUAUGGUGAACGUGGUCAGGGGGCAAGGCGGCCUCAUCCGAGGCAGAGACAUCAAGAGGACCGGAAGACGGAACAGCGUCAUGGGCAGGAAGAGGACCCACAGCCAACCGCGCAGUAUUUCGUGCCCAUCAAUUUAAGACUAAAGAACAAACUAAACGAUCUAAACGAUCUGUGCGAAACAAAAAUUAACGCAGUCAAGAAGGAAAGAAAUGCAAGCGACAAAAAUAUUAACCUAGACGCGGAAUACAGUAAGUUUAUAAAAGAGAUACAAAUGAAUUGCAGCUUAGGUGAGGCAUUCAUUUUUGACGUACUGUAA